AUGAAAUCAAUUAGAACGAAAAAAAUUCUCCAAGAAGCCGCAAGAUGUAUUGUUUCACCAGAAAGUGGACCUGUUGUAGAUAUAAAUCCGAAUAAUUCUUCUCAAAUACGGAAAGAUAUUAAGCCAAAAAUAAGCGGUAAUAAGAACAUCACGAUGCCUGGUGAUGUUUGGCUUGAAAGAGAAAACGAAACUCAAACAUAUUUGUUUAGAAUAGAAAAAAAAGAUGUAAAAAAUAACCUUCGGGACCUCAAGGUAUUCUUUGGAGAAAACCAGAAAUUUAAUGAUGAUUCCGAAGAGGUAAAUGUUCCUAGUCCAUUCGAAGAUAGUGAUGCCGAUAUGGAUUAUUCUCCAGAAGACGAGGAUUCUAAUACGACAGAUGCUAGAGGAUGUCACGAUAAUCAUAAAAAACUUGAUAAAUAUUUACGACAAGGUGUAAUUGAUCACAUAAAUACAUUUUCACGAAUCGAAUCACACUAUUGCCGCAAAGAUAAUCAAAGGGAAUUUAUUGAUGGGGGACUUACUAUUGCAGAAAUGUACAGGCUUUACCUUGAGGACUGCCAGAUUAAAGGUAAUGCAGCAGUAAAACAUUCUAUGUAUUCUCACAUCUUUAACACCUGUUUUAACAUUGGUUUUUUUCGCCCAAAUAAAGAUUUAUGUACCUUGUGUGAUGAAUAUUUGCAUGCCAGUGAUAAGUCAAUUUUGCAUGAAAAAUAUGAUUCGCAUCAACUUGAAAAGGAACUAUCUCGCAAAGAAAAAGCUACAGAUAUUGAGUUAGCAACAUCAAAUAAAGAUACAAACGCUGUUUAUAUCUUUGAUUUGCAAGCAGUAAUACCGUUACCUUGCGGAAAUAUUUCUAGUUUUUACUAUAAAAGGUCAAAUCUGACACCUGCAAGUAAUUCGUCAGUUUCUGACGAAGAAAAUGAAGAUCCCUUUGGGAGUGACUUUUCGGACAUGGAUCCAUCUUUUCAUCCCGAUAGUACAACUGUUGAGGAUGAGUCCCUUGAUGAAGAAUCUCAAACUGUUGAGGAAGAGCUGAUGGAAACUUCAAAUCAACAACAAUCACCAAAUGAAAAUAGCACAGAAGUGGUUAAUAUAAUUUUAGCCGAAAUAUUAAACCAAGUAUGGAUAAAAGUAAAACCUAGGAGACGACGUAAACUAGAUAUGAGGAACUGGUCUAGAAAUGUUGCCAAACAUAGACGCUCAGAAGGUGCAUCCUAUAUUACAACUAAUAAAUUAAGACCUGCAAAACUACCAAAGCCUAUUGACUGUUCACGGUGUAAAUUUAAAUGCAAUGAACACCUAUCAGAAGAUGAGAGAAAUUAUAUUUGUAGAUAUUAUUGGAAUAUGGACUACAAAAGUAAAAAGAAUUUUAUUUUAUCUUAUGUUGCUGUCCAAAGUCCAAAACGUGUAUUAGCAACAAGAAACCAACGCGCGCAGAGGACCUAUACAAAAAAGUGUUUUUUCUCCAAAGGAAAUGAUAAGGUUCAAGUUUGUGAGAAAUUCUUUUGUUAUACCCUAUGUAUAUCUCCAGCUGUGAUUAUACAUGCGGUUAAACAUAGAAGUAAUGCCCACGUGUUUGAUAAUAUUGAUCACAGAGGAAAGCAUGUUCCAUCCAACAAGACUUCUGAUGAAAAACUUGACCAAAUUAGAGCUCACAUAGAAUCCUUUCCAUGCAUGGAGUCCCACUACGUCAGAAAACAGACAAAACGUAAGUAUUUGGACCAAAAACUUAACAUUAGAAAAAUGUAUAAUUUUUAUAAAGAACAAUGCUCUGAAAAUAAUAUAGAACCUGCUUCGGAAAUAACUUAUCGAAGAGUAUUCGGUAAUGAAUAUAAUUUAAGCUUUUUCAUGCCAAAACACGAUCAGUGUCUGACGUGUACCAACUAUCAGAAAGCCGAUUUAAUAAAAAAACAAGAACUACAACUAAAUUAUGAUGAACAUAUUGCAAGAAAAGAAGCAUGCAAUAAAGAAAAAGACAAAGACAAGAAAAGAGCCAAUGAGGACCCACACUUCUGUUCAGUAACAUUUGAUUUGCAAGCGGUAUUGCAAAUACCAACUUGUAAAAAAGAAGUACAACGUACUCUACCAGAAGAUCCAAAAAAAAAUACCCAAGAGCUCCAACCGCUACAACAGUUUCCAAACGAAUUGUCACAGUUAUAUCACGCUCCUCUACCUAUAAGUACGUCAAAAAAACGAGAUUUGCUGAACUUGUGCAAGAAAGGUGUAAUCCCAGAAGAGCUUCAUGGCUGGUAUCAAGCACUUUCAACAGAAAAUAAUAUUACUGACCGCAUACCAGAUGUUGAUAUUCAAGAAGACUCGGAAGAUGACGACAUAGCUGGAGAAGGAGAAGAAGUUCUAACGUAA